AUGUUGCUCUCAGUGCUGCUGCUGCUGCUGCUGCUGGUGGUGGUUCUGGUCAGCAGGACUCAAGCUGGUUUGAAUGGUUUUGUCUUCACCUACACUGCUCAGGGCCCUCUGGGAAAUGGAUUCUAUACAAUCGAAAAGCAGAAGUGGAGCUUUAGUUCAUGUGAGGAAGUUGAUUCCAUGGUUUGCGGCAACAGCUGUGAUUCCCUGGGAUCCCUUUACGGGAAGGUGGAGGAAAGCAGCGGAGAAUGGUGCCAGAAAGAGAGAGUCACCUAUGGACAGGAUGACUAUGCCCUCGCCAAACUGUACAGUUGGUCUAAUAGAAGCUGGACUGACAACAGAAACGGCGUCGUAGCGUUCAGAGCCCAGGCUCUGAUAGACCCGAGGAAGCGAUCUGACACUGGAAACGUCAACUCCUCACCCCAGACCACCAUCAUCCCAGUUGUCAGAGUUCCUUCAAACUGUCAGAGUGACAUCAGCUUAUUGAAUUUCGACCCUGAUGGAGACGAGGUUAAAUGCAGAUAUGCAAAUGGUUCUCUGUCAGAGUGUGAUGCUUGCACACCUCCGUCUGUCCUUAGCCUCUCGUCGUCUUGUAUUCUGUCAUUCAGCCCGACUUCCAGCAGUGAUGAAGGUUCCUACGCCGUCCAGAUGAUGAUGGAGGACUCUCCUAGAAAGACGAUUACCCUGACCAACCCUGAUGGCUCCCAGGCAGACAAAACUACCAGUGACAUAAUCAACAGCAUACCUGUUCAGUUUGUUUUGAAAGUUGAUGCUGCAGUACCGUCCUGCUCUGAAGGUCUCUAUCUACCCAGAUUCCUGCCUCCAACUCCAGAAAACGGAGCACAGAUCAUCGCUGCCGUUAAUCAGACUUUGGAAAUCGCCAUCAGAGCAGAAGCAACUCAGUCCGUGAUCACUGAGCUGCUGUUCAGUGGGCCUUGUGAUGUGGUAAAAAAUACAUCGGGAUCAGGAAAUUUCACACUGAGUUGGACGCCUAAUGACCUUGAUGGAGGACAAAGCCACCCCAUCUGUUUUAUCAUACAGGCAAACUACUCCAGUUCUGUGUACCAGUCUGCACUUCGAUGUGUUGUGGUGACUGCUGAAACCAGCGCUCCUGUCACCACAACUCCCCCCAGAGCAGAAUAUCCUAUCGCCACAGCUCCCCCCAGAGCAGAAUAUCCUAUCGCCACAGCUCCCCCCAUAGCAGAAUAUCCUAUCGCCACAACUCCCCCCACAACAGACUAUCCUACCACCACAACUCCCCAAACAACAGAAUAUCCUACCACCACAACUCCCCCCACAACAGAAUAUCCUACCACCACAACUCCCCCCACAACAGACUAUCCUACCACCACAGCUCCCCCCACAACAGAAUAUCCUACCACCACAACUCCCCCCACAACAGAAUAUCCUACCACCACAACUCCCCCCACAACAGAAUAUCCUACCACCACAACUCCCCCCACAACAGAAUAUCCUACCACCACAGCUCCCCCCACAACAGAAUAUCCUACCACCACAACUCCCCCCACAACAGAAUAUCCUACCACCACAACUCCCCCCACAACAGACUAUCCUACCACCACAGCUCCCCCCACAACAGAAUAUCCUACCACCACAGCUCCCCCCACAACAGAAUAUCCUACCACCACAACUCCCCCCACAACAGACUAUCCUACCACCACAACUCCCCAAACAACAGAAUAUCCUACCACCACAGCUCCCCCCACAACAGAAUAUCCUACCACCACAACUCCCCCCACAACAGAAUAUCCUACCACCACAGCUCCCCCCACAACAGAAUAUCCUACCACCACAACUCCCCCCACAACAGAAUAUCCUACCACCACAACUCCCCCCACAACAGACUAUCCUACCACCACAACUCCCCCCACAACAGAAUAUCCUACCACCACAACUCCCCCCACAACAGAAUAUCCUACCACCACAACUCCCCCCACAACAGACUAUCCUACCAACACAGCUCCCCCCACAACAGAAUAUCCUACCACCACAACUCUCACCACAAGAACCAUAGUCAGUCCUAUCAUCACAACCCCUCCCACAACAAACAUUUUUGGUCCUCCCACCACAAGAACCACAGCCACUACUACACCUACAGUUGCACCAACUACCAUUACAACAACUACAACAAUGUCUCCAACACCUGCCCCAGGACAAAAUUAUGUGAUCGCUCUGAAAAUGAAGAUCUCUACUACACUGUCUCUGGACAACCAAAAGGAGACCAUCGUUAAACUGAUAAGAGAUGCACUGAUUGGACAGGGAUUGCCAUCAGACAUAAGUCUUCGCCUUGUGAGCAGCAACAGAAGCAGCAGUCCAGUUCAAGUGACAACAGCUGCUUCCCAUGGGUUGUCAUGAAAAUGCAUAGGACUCCUAGCCUAGUGAACUAGACCAAAUUCUUGCUUUGCAAAGAAUGUCUAGGCAUGCUCCAUUGGAACCUCAGCAGCUCCUACCAGGACUCUGGCUAGCCAAUCACAGCUCUCUAGAGGGGUUUCAAACACAUAAAGAGCUGUGAUUGGUCCAUAAUGGUGGGCCAAUCAUAGUGCUUUAUCUGCUUAGUGAACAAAUCACAGAGCUUUAUCCUCUUUGUGGGCCAAUCAGGGCACUCUAUAUGCCUGGUGGGUGGGAUGAUGCAAUAGAGUGAAACAAGAGUAUGUCACAUUCAUUGUCCAGUGGAAUGCGGAGAUCAUUUGAAAGACAACGGUAGAACCCGCCCCACAACCGAGAGCCAUCAAUGGAGCAUGGCCAGACUAAAUACUACAUUUAUUUAGUCUGGCUUGCCAGGCUAUAGGACUCCUGCAGGGAAAGGGGUUUCCUGCUGUUUAGAUACAGUGUUUGGUCCCAACUGCCAACAAACUACUUUGAACCCUAAACUAAACCCUCACACAUGAUAAAUCACGGUUAGUUCACAAGCCAUAAAAACAUCAUAUAAGUUUUAAAAAGUUAGUUGUCCGGAUAGCCUGUUAUCUUUAUGUUGCUGUUAUUUUGUACUGGUGUAGUUGGGAGGACCGCGUUAUCUGCCGUUUGUUGGUGUCUGAUGGAAUACAUCUGCUGAUUGUAUAUUUGAUUAUUGUUGGUUCCAGUAAAAAUUACAAAAAAAAUCCAGUGUGAAUGCGCAGCAAAGCCAACAACUACUGUAACUGGUAUCCACAAAUGUGUUCAUUCAGAAUAAGAAUAAAGAUGUUUGUGUCUGGUU